AUGAGGAAGCCAGUUUUCACCAAGGUUGAUCAGCUGAGGCCUGGAACUAAUGGACACAAUGUUGUAGUGAAGGUUGUGAGUGCCAAUGUUGUAAUGCAGAAGGGGAGGCCAGAUGGGCCCCAACUACGUCAAAUGCGGAUUGCUGAAUGCUUGGUUGGAGAUGAAACUGGGACCAUUGUGUUUACGGCAAGGAAUGAGCAAGUGGACCUGAUGAAGCCUGAAAAUACGGUAAUAUUACGAAAUGCAAAAAUUGACAUGUUCAAGGGGUCAAUGAGGCUUGGCGUGGACAAGUGGGGACGUGUUGAAGUUACGGAACCAGCCAGCUUUACUGUCAAGGAAGAUAAUAACCUGUCGUUGGUUGAAUAUGAAUUGGUCAAUGUUGCGGAGGAGUAA